UGUACAAUAAGUGUUUUGUGUCUUUUUUUGUAGUGUCAUCCAUGGAUUCGGAAGAUGAACCCUUGUUGCUCCAAGGUACCUGGAACCUAAGUGAGUUUGAAGAACAAGAGGAGGAGGAAGAGGAAGAGGAGAGAGAUGGAGAAACAGAACAAGUAAAUGGAGACGAACAGGUCUGUAAAGGGUUUUGGUGGGCUUUGGGCUGGGUGUACACACAACCCUGGGCGAGCGGGCUGGUUCUGGCCGUGGGAUUUCUGGUACCCUUCGCCCUCUCUGCUUAUAUGUUCCUUUGCUGUGAACCACUAGACAUUGACCUUUCUUACAGCGCAUUCGAGGUCAGGAGUCAUGCAUCGGCAGAACAUUUUGACGCUCUUACCAUUGCACUGAAAAGCCAGUUAGGGUCUUGGGACAGGCACAGGCGUGACGCCGAGGGAUUUGACCUUGAAGCCAAUGCUCUGAGGGACCUUUUGUUGCUCAUGGUAAACCGAAAAGGGAAGGAUGUCUCUACACAGACGAAUGUAACAGAAUCCGCAGAGACCUUGGGACAGACUGAGAUGGAGGCACACAAUGACACCAGACAGUUUGGAAAUGAGAAAAACAACAAGAUGAAAGAGGAAAAGACAGACUCUGUAAAGCCAAACAUAGCAGUAAAGCUCAAUUCAAGUGAUACCGAAGAUCACAGCAAACCAGACUCACUCUUAAUGAGGAAGCAAAGAUUUGCUGGUUACUCCUACCUCCAGACCCAGGCCCUCUGGAGGAUAGAGCUAGUGUUUGUUGCCCAGGGCGACAAGGAUAACAACAUCUUCACCCCCGAACGCCUUCACACCAUACACCACGUAGAGAGACUUCUAAUGCAGCACCCUCAGUUUCAGCAGUUCUGCUGGAAGCCAUUGGAGGCAUUGCGAGACUUGCCACUGGGACCUUCCUUCUGCUCCCCUCCAAGCUCCCUUCUGUCCUACCUCUUUCCCAGUGAGCGAAGGGGGAAGAUCUACUAUGAUGGAAUGGGUCCCGAUCUAGCUGACAUACAUGGGGCCCUGAGCCUGGCGAUCACUCAUCCGCAGUUUUACUGGUACGUGGAUGAGACACUCACACCAGACAAGCUUCAGUCCUCUCUUCUUCGCAGUGAGAUCCAUUUUGGAGCACCUCUCCCCUCCUUCUACUCUCUCCAAGACAGACCUCUAGAACAGAGACAUCUCUACAGAGAUUUUGUGGUGCAGUAUGCGGACAUCCUGUCACAACAGUCCACCAGUAAAGUGAAGGUGUUGUACGGGGGUACGGAGUUAUUUGAUGAUGAGGUGCGGAACACCUUCCACAGGGACAUGUUGCUGGCUUUGUUCAGUGGGGGAUGCAUAACUGUCCUUGUGUACGUUCUCACUUCAUUUUCUGUGUUUCAGACGUUCUUUGGCUUGGCCAGUAUUGGUCUGAGCUGUCUCGUGGCGCUCUUCUUGUAUCAUGUGGUGUUUGGAGUGAAAUAUCUCGGCAUUCUCAAUGGAGUGGCAGCUUUCGUCAUCAUAGGCAUUGGUGUGGACGACGUGUUUGUGUUCAUCAGUACAUUCAGACAGUCAGCCCACCUGACCUCUACAAUGCAGCGUAUGAUUUACACAAUAAAGACAGCAGGCCGAGCCACGUUCCUCACGUCCUUCACAACAGCAGCUGCGUAUGCUGCAAACACCUUCUCACAGAUCCCAGCGGUUCAUGACUUCGGUCUGUUCAUGUCUCUCAUUGUGAGCUGCUGCUGGCUUUGGGUGUCCAUUCUCAUGCCUGCUGCCCUUUGCAUCUGGAGUCAGUGUGGAGCUGACCGUGCAAACACCUGUCCCAAAUGGUGGAGCGGUCUAACUAAACUGUCCGCCAGCCCCAGUCCCCUCUCAGAUGAUGAUGAUGUUGCUCUAAUAACGGUAGAAAUGGAACCAGGUGUGUACGAGUCUGAAUCGGAUGCGACUCUGCUAUCACUCUCAGCUGAAGCUCCUUUGAUGGUGUCCUCUGAGGGCAGUGUAGGGGUGGUCAGUGCGCACCUUCAGAGUCUUCUGAGACACUGGGUGGCAGAGCCAGUGGUGGAGAAACGGAAAACGAUUAUAGGUGUGUAUGCUCUGGUUCUGCUGGGCUCGGUGUGGUGCUGUUGUCUUCUACGGCCGGCCAGUCACGCGCCUGUGCUCUUCCACAGAGACACCAACUUACAGAGACUGCUGGACCUGCGCAGCAACCUGAGCGCCCAGGGCAUCGCCUGCCAUAUGUGCUCGGGUGUUUUUAUGGAGCGACCUCAUAAUCUACACAGCACUGCUGACUUCACAAGCUCUACCUCAGGGAACCAUCCCACAAUUCCCUCAAACCAGACCGAGCAAGCAUUCAACAACAGCGCACAGACACUCACAGGUGGUCUCCUUACUAUCUAUGUGUUUAAACUGGACAUGGGCUCUGUUGUCCCUCUAUAUCGUUAUUCACUAAGUGCCAGUGUACCUGCACCGUGGCAGGCAUCAUCGUCUGCACACGGGGAUGUGCCCUUCUUUCAGGCCUACAGCAGUCCCCAUAGCAACUUCAGCACGCGGAUGAGCGUGUGUGUGUCUCACGCGUAUCACCCGCGACCUCGCUGGAUGCUGACUCUGCACUCGUGUGACUCCGGCCGGCGCUGGAGAUCAGAGUUUGACUUCUACGUGGCGUCGGUCGAGCAGCGGCACAGCAGGCAACUCUAUUUUGCCCAGCACACGAUCAGCCCGUAUCCUAGUCGCGUGUGUGAGGGGCCGCCAGGGUGUGUGUUCAGCUCUGGACCUGAUGGACCCACUCAGGGCAGCUUUUACGCCCCGCUACCUGCAGCUCCCACCCAGAAUAAGAUCUCCAGGACAUCCGGCUUUAACCCCUGCCGUGGAGGUCAGUGUGGGAAACCAGCAGUGCGUCCUCUAGUGGACACCGGAGCCAUGGUGUUUGUGGUGUUCGGCAUACUGGGCAUCAACCGCACUCAGCGUUCAGACAACCACGUUAUUGGAGACCUGGGCAGUGUGAUCUUUGAUCCAGACUUUGAUGUCUUUAAUGAGAUCGGGCACUUGUGCAAGCUGUGCAAAGCCAUCAGUGCCAAUACCAAGCUGGUGAAGCCUGGUGGAGCUCAGUGUUUGCCAUCAGGUAACAGCCUCACAUCCAUUCUGCCAUUGCUCCAUCCUGAGUGUCACUCUCUUCCUGAGCCCAACCUCUUGCCUGGCCAGCUAUCCCAUGGUGCAGUGGGCAUGCAGGGGGGUAGAGUGCACUGGAUCUCCAUGGCUUUUGAAUCAACCACCUACAAGGGAAAGUCUUCGUUUCAGACUCACUCUGAUUUCCUUCAAUGGGAGAGUUUCCUGCAGAAGCAGCUCGUGUCACUCCCAGCAUCCUCGGCCCUGAGACGAGGCUUUCAGACCUGCCAACACUGGAAACAGAUCUUCAUGGAAAUUAUAGGUGUGGAGAGCGCCCUCUACAGUCUCAUGCUGUCACUUGGCAUUUGCAUCGCAUCAGUAGCUGUGUUUACUGCUCAUCCGCUUCUGCUGCUGCCAAUUCUGCUGAGCAUUCUGGGUAUGGUGUGUCUGGUGGUGGCGGUGAUGUAUUGGCUGGGAUGGGAGAUGGGUGCGGUUGAAGCAAUCUCUCUCUCCAUAUUGGUGGGCUCUUCGGUGGACUAUUGCCUUCAUCUAGUGGAGGGAUAUUUACUGGCGGGGGAGGCUGACACCUCAGGACUGGCUAGUCACAGUUCGGAGUCCUCCAUCAAACAACAGACACGGACCCUCGAUGCAGCCAAUCACGUGGGCGUUGCUAUAGUUUCCAGUGCCGUCACUACGGUGAUUUCAACCAUUCCGCUUUUUUUUUGUGUCAUCGUGCCUUUCGCCAAGUUCGGUCAGAUUGUGGCCAUCAACACGGCCAUUUCCAUCGCCUUCACACUCACCGUCACGAGCGCACUGCUGGCCACGAUGGGACCCGCCGACUUCACCCGUCCUCCCAGAGCCGUGCUCAAAGCCACUCUGGUGGUCCUGAUCGUGGGGGUCUGUGGAGGUCUGCUGUGGUGGACCGGGUCACAGUUCGCUCCGGACACACUGGUCUGAAUCACACAUCCUUCACCGACCAGGUGGAUUUCAAGUGAGCAACUGUGAUUAUUUGUACUGUUGAGAUGACAUAUGUGAACUCUUUGGGAAGCAGGUUUGGGAAGUGAAGUAUUUGACACAUGUGGCACACUGUUAGAAAUUAGGAAACCCAGUCUGCAUGAAGGUAGCGAGUCCUGACAGACGUGGGAAAUGAUGUCAGACUCAUUUAGGUGAAUAACUGCCUGUGCUAGCAAGAAUCGCUGUCAGAGAGCUGACUAUUCCUCAUUGGUUUGUAUUUUAUUCACAACCUAGACUGAAGUUGGGGACACGAGUGAGCAUGUGUCUUAUUUUGGUUCAAGUGAGACAAGGUCCUGAAGUCUCAGAAGAGAAAAACAUGAAUUCUGUGAAUUCAUCUUGUGUGUGGCAAGACAACACCGAAGGAGAAAGAAAGUGUAAGAUGAAGCUACUUGCUCGUCGCCCUUGAUGGUAAAGUUUGGUUGAAGUCAACAUGAAAUGACAUUCACAAUCCAUUUUACUUUUGCAAGUUCCGAGUGAAACAGGAUAUUAGGAACAAAGGUUUUAGCAAAGCCAAUCUCAUGAGAAAACAUAGCUAUUUUACGAGGUGGCGAUUUUGUAUAAAUCAAUACAAUGUGAUCUUUAGAAAAAAAGAAGAAAAAAAAGGGGAAAAAACAUGAUGGUUCACCCCAAAUAAGACCUUCUCUGAUAAGUAGAUUGUACAAAAAAAAAAAAAAAAAAAGAUUGAGCUAAUUCUCCAUUAUGAAUGAGAUCCGGUUUACCAAAAUGUAAA